GGGUCGGGCGCCCCUGGCGCGGUGGUUCCCGGCGGGCAGGAUGCGCGCGCGCCCCGCGGGACCCCCGGCGCUGUGGGCGCUGCUGGCCUGCGCGCUGCUGGGCGGCGGGGCGCGCGGGGCCGCGGAGCCGCCGUUCCCCGAGUCGCCGGCGCGGAGACCCAGCGUGCUGGUGGCCCUGCUGGCCCGGAACGCCGCGCCCGCGCUGCCGCACUUCCUGGGCUGCCUGGAGCGCCUGGACUACCCCAAGAGCCGAAUGGCCAUCUGGGCGGCCACGGACCACAACGUGGACAACACCACGGAGAUCCUGCGGGAGUGGCUGCGCGGCGUGCAGCGGGCCUACCACUACGUGGAGUGGCGGCCCCUGGCCGAGCCCAGGUCCUACCCCGACGAAAUCGGGCCCAAGCACUGGCCGAGCUCCCGCUUCACCCACGUCAUGAAGCUGCGGCAAGCCGCCCUGCGCACGGCCAGGGAGAAGUGGUCAGACUACAUCCUGUUCAUAGACGUCGACAACUUCCUCACCAACCCGCAGACGCUCAACCUGCUGAUCGCCGAGAACAAGACUAUCGUGGCCCCCAUGCUGGAGUCCCGGGGGCUCUACUCCAACUUCUGGUGUGGAAUCACGCCCGAGGGCUUCUACCAGCGCACGCCCGACUACGUGCCCAUCCGGGAGUGGCGGCGCACGGGCUGCUUCCCGGUGCCCAUGGUCCACUCCACCUUCCUCGUGGACCUCCGGAAGGAGGCAUCCGACCUGCUGGCCUUCUACCCGCCCCACCCCGACUACACCUGGGCCUUCGACGACAUCAUGGCCUUCGCCUUCUCCAGCCGGCAAGCAGGCAUCCAGAUGUAUCUCUGCAACCAGGAGCAUUUCGGCUACUUGCCCAUCCCCCUGAAGCCCCACCAGACUCUGCAGGAGGACCUGGACAGCCUCGUCCACAUGCGCAUAGAAGCCAUGAUCGACCGCCCACCCAUGGAGCCCUCCCAGUUCGUGUCGGAGACCCCAAAAAACCCCGACAAGAUGGGAUUUGACGAGAUCUUCAUGAUCAACCUCAAGCGCAGGAAGGACCGACGGGACCGGAUGCUGCGGACGCUGUACGAGCAGGAGAUCGCCGUGAAGAUUGUGGAGGCCGUGGACGGAAAGGCGCUCAACACGAGUCAGCUGAAGGCGCUGAGCAUCGAGAUGCUGCCGGGGUACCGGGACCCCUACUCCUCCCGGCCCCUCACGCGGGGGGAGAUCGGCUGCUUCCUCAGCCACUACUCCGUGUGGAAGGAGGUGCUGGCGCGGGCGCUGCCCCGGAGCCUGGUCAUCGAGGACGACGUCCGCUUCGAGCACCAGUUCCGGAGGAAGCUGACGAGGCUCAUGGACGAUGUGGCGCGGGCGCGGCUGGACUGGGAGCUGAUCUACGUCGGCCGGAAGCGCAUGCAGACGGAGCGGCCCGAGGCGGCGGUGCCCGCAGUGCCCGGGCUGGUGGAGGCUGGCUACUCCUACUGGACGCUGGGCUACGCCCUGUCCCUGGCCGGCGCCCGCAAGCUGGUGGCCGCGGAGCCCUUCGGGAAGAUGCUGCCCGUGGACGAGUUUCUCCCGGUCAUGUACGACAAGCACCCUGUAGCGGAGUACAAGGCGCACUACCAGCGGCGGGACCUGCGGGCCUUCUCGGCGGAGCCGCUGCUCAUCUACCCGACGCACUACACGGGCCAGCCCGGCUACCUCAGCGACACGGAGACGUCCACCAUCUGGGACAAUGAGACGGCUGCCACCGACUGGGACCGCGGCCACGCCUGGAAGGGCCGCCUGCGGGGCACCGCCAAGAACACAGAGGCCCUGCGGCCCGACACGGCCCGAGGUCUGAUGGGCACCCAGAGGCGGUUCUGUGAGGCCUCGGCCCCGGUCCAAAGUCCAGAACCUUCCAGAACCGAGAGGGGCUGCUGUGGAAACGCUGGCCUGGCGCCCCCUGCUGGUCGGGGAGGGCAGCGCCCCUGGCUGGACCCUGCACACAGACUUGAAAAGCCGCCCCUUCGCCUGCCACCCUUCGCUGGGUGGCACAGUGGGGGCAUCUCUGCUGGACAUAUGGCCGGCCUGGGCAGCGCCUGAGCCGUGGAGUGGACAGAGCAAACCCUUAGGAGAGGCGAGCAGCUCAGAAAACGCAGGGCGUCUCGCCGGAGCGCACUCUGCUAGACAGCGCGUGUAACUGCACCCUAGUUCCCCCAGGGUUGCAGCGUGUGCCUGUGCCGGAGCGCCGUCUGCUGUACAGCGCGUGUAACUGCACCCUAGUUCCCCCAGGGUUGCAGCGUGUGCCUGUGCCGGUGCUCCCUCUGCUGGACAGCGCGUGUAACUGCACCCUGGUUCCCCCAGGGGUGACACGCGUGUGCCUGUGCCGGAGCUCCCUCUGCUGGACAGCGCGUGUAACUGCACUCUAGUUCCCCCAGGGGUGCCGCGUGUGCCUGUGCCAGAGCUCCCUCUGCUGGACAGCGCGUGUAACUGCACCCUGGUUCCCCCAGGGGUGACACGCGUGUGCCUGUGCUGGAGCUCCCUCUGCUGGACAGCGCGUGUAACUGCACUCUAGUUCCCCCAGGGGUGCCGCGUGUGCCUGUGCCGGAGCGCCCUCUGCGGGACAGCGCGUGUAACUGCACUCUAGUUCCCCAGGGGCGACUCCUGUACCUGCGCCGGAGCUCCCUCUGCUGGACAACGCAUGUAACUGCCCCUUAGUUCCCCAGGGAAGACUACUAUACCUGCGUCGGAGCUCCCUCUGCUGGACAAUACGUGUGCCUGCACCCUAAUUCCCCCAGGGGCGACUCCUGUACCUGCGCUGGAGCUCCCUCUGCUGGACAACGCGUGUGCCUGCACCCUAGCUCGGGGCAAAGAUUAAAAUGUCAGCUCAAGGCUUUGGUAGUUUAUGUUUGUCCAACCAGGAGGGUUCAUGCACGGGGCUGGGGGGUGGCUCAACCAUACCCUGCUUCCGUAGCCUCAGUCCUCUUUAUUUUUGGAAUAAAAACUGGUACUUUGAGA